AUGUCAUGUUUGGAUUUAUACUUAGAUUUGGAAGAUAUCACUCAAGAAGAAAGAGAAGCGAGUUUGGAAAACGUGUCAUUUGGUGGUUUUCUAAGGGGGGAACGUGCUAAUACUUCUCGAAACCGUGAUGAAGAAGAGACACCUUUAUUUGCACAAGAUGACUGCCGGGAAGAGUCGAAUUCCGACUACAUAGCUCCAAGUGAAAGUGAAGAAGACUGUGAUGUCUCCGGAGAGAGUGAUUUUGAAAAAAGUGAUGAUGAAAGGUUGGAAAAUGAGGAAAGGGAUUGUAAUUCAUUGCCCCGACGCCAUGUAUAUAAAGCAAAGCAUGCUGUGAAAUUAUGGAACAUCCAUCAUAAAAGGGAAUACACAGUCACUGCGAGUAGUCCAAGGACGUGGGCUAUGGGGUGCAGAACAUUUAAUGUGGAAAGUGAGGAUGGUGAACCACCAUGUGAGUGGAAGAUGCGUGUGUCUUUGAAAGCUCACGGCCUUCAUGAAAUUGUGAGAUGGCAUGAUGCACAUAAUUGCAUGACUCCCGUGAAUGAUAAUGACAAUCGGUGUGUGGACGCCUCUUUGAUUGCUAGACUCAUCAGGAGAAAGGUUGAGGACAAUGUAGAUUAUACGGUAGCCUCGGCACAGAAAGAUAUGAAGACCUUAUUGAAAGUAGAUGUGCCAUACAAAAGGGCGUGGCACGGGAGGAGGAAAGCCAUAGAAGCGGUCUAUGGUGAUUGGACCUCGAAUUUCAAAGAACUUCCACGACUGUGCGAGGAAUCACAGUACACCAUGCACGACGCCACUGGGUGUCUAUAUUUGCUACAGGUAUGGGCGUAUGAGCGGUUCAAGAGGAUCGUGCCACAAAGAAAAGGAGUAGAUUAUUUGAUUGAUGAGACCGCUCCAUUAGCUCAGCGGUGGGAAUGUAGGUACACCUACGACGACGCCCCAAGGAGCAGCACCCCACCUUUUAGAGAUCAAUUAACAAGCCUGCGUGUUGAAGAUGGUGAAGUAUUGAACAACAUUUGUGUGAGUACCGAGAAGUUUAGAGAAAAACGAGAAGAUGAGAAUCUCCUAGACGAAGAACUCGACAAGCAUUUGGACGAUAUCAUCAAUCAAACAUAUGCUGCUUUAACCCUGGGCGCAAAUGAUGAGAUGGAGGUGGAGGAUACCCAAAUCCUGGUUGAUGAAGAUCCAUGUUUGCCCUCACAACCUCCGCCGAGUUAA